GCCUCCUUGGCCCGGGCUCCGUUCCGACUCAAACCUCUUUACUCCCCGCUGCGUACAGCUCUCCUGCGUAUACACGGCGGUUUGAGUGGGAACGUCAAUCAGAAGAGGUAGCCCGGCCUAUGACGCCGCGCAUCGUAUUGAGUCGGCGACGGGUCAUAUUUCCUCAACUUCAUCAUCGUCCUUCAAUACCCCCCGGGCUUCCCCACGCCCGCAUCCACGCGCCGCUAAAACGCACCGCUUACAUCAUCGCUCUGGCUGCCUCGAGCUUCAACUCAACCCUUCGCCAUCCGCCCGCCCGCCCGCUCGACUGACUGACAUCGACGAAGCGUCGCGAGCCGUUUGCUAGUGGGAUUCGAAACAUUAGUGGCCCGAGAGGCCGGCUGACGGACGCAUCAUGGUCACCAAGCCGCCACCUGGCGACCCUCCGACCGCCACGCCCCCCGCACCGCAGCCAAACGACGCCCGGCGAGAUGGCUGGCACGAUGACUCGCUCAACGACAACACUUGGGAAGACAUCGGGCCCCGAGCCGACGGUGCAGGUGCUGCCGAUGACGGCGGCCGACGCAAUGUUCCUGCGGCGCUGCGUCCUGGCCCGGCCAUGCUGAACCCGGCCCCCGAGGACGACGACGGCAAUGUGUGGGACGAGGCACGCAGCCAGCAACCGAGCGACGCGGAUGCCAGGUUGGCACAGGUCCCCAAUGCACUCAGGCCCGGUAGCGGUGUCAGCCGCGUCGAGACGAAUCCCUUCCUUAAGAGAAAACCCGUCUCGCAAUCACAACAAGACCCCUCCAUAGCCUCGCCAACGCCACCCGCCGACUCCUUCGCGAGGCUAGACCUCCACGCGGGGGACCAAGCCCAAAGCAACCCCUGGCAGGCCGCCUCCGAGCCGCAGUCGCAAAAGACGUCGAGCGGGUGGCAGACGCCCCAGCGACAGCCGGUGUUGCUCGAUGACGACACCGACCCGUGGACUUCGAGUGAGCCUCCGCCACCACAGCCACCGGCAAAGCAAUCGCCGGCGUUGCUGUCGCUGCCCUCGGACGAAGAGUCCGCAUGGAACGAUCAUGUACGCCCCGAAAAGGCCGAGAUUGUCAUAGAGCCCCCGACUCCGGCCCCGGCAGCCCCCAUGUCAAACGACUUGCUCGACGAGCCCAAUGUGUGGGAUGACCUCGGCGCUCUGGACAAGGGCAAGUCCAAGGCCACGGCCGCGUCGCCAAAUCAACAAGCUCAGCUGGACGACUGGAACCUCAUCGACGCUGACUCGUCAUCCGACCAGCCGAAACAGCCCGGGCAACCCGAGGAGAACACCGAGGAUGCGACUGAGAAGCCGCCCCUGCCGCCGAGGGACGUCGAGCGGCCGCGCUGGGUACCCUCCAGAGAGCCCGUCGACAGCAAGUCGGAGACGUACCAAGUCAAGAACAUUAGGUGGCACGACGACACGUCGACCAAGAACCCACGCACGUCGCCGAUCCUGAUACAGAACAAGAACGGGCCGUGUCCGCUGGUCGCCCUGGUCAACGCCCUGACCCUGACGACACCGGCCGACAUGCCCGACACGGCCUUGGUGCAAGUACUGCGUUCGAGGGAACAGAUCAGCUUGAGCCUAUUGCUGGACGCCGUGUUUGACGAGCUCAUGUCGCCACGGCGGACCAGCUCCGAGGACGCCCUCCCCGACGUGGGCGACCUGUACGGCUUCCUGCAGAGCCUGCACACGGGCAUGAAUGUCAACCCCCGCUUCAUCCCGACGCCCGAGAUGGUGACUGCGUACAAGCGCACGUCGCUCACGCACCUGCACCCGACGGAGCGCGGGGAGCUCAUCCCGGGAACCUUUGAGGACACGACGGAGAUGAGCCUGUAUGCGACCUUCUCCAUCCCACUCAUCCACGGGUGGCUCGCUGCCCGAGCCGAGCCCGUCUACGAGGCGCUGGAGCGGCAGGCGGCGUCGUACGAGGAGGUGCAAAACCUCUUGUUCCGCGAAGAGGAGCUCGAGGACAAGCUAUCCAACUCGGAGACGGGAUUGACGGAGGCGGAGCAGCAGCUGUACCAGGACGUUGUGACCAUUAAAAUGUUCCUACACGCGUCGGCGACACAGCUCACGCCGUGGGGCAUCGAGGUGAUUGGCAAGGCCAUGCGGCCGGGCACGUUUGCUAUACUAUUCCGCAACGACCACUUUAGCACGCUCUACUGCCACCCGCACACGAUGCAGCUGCUGAGCCUGGUGACAGACGCGGGCUACGGCAGUCACGAGGAGGUGGUGUGGGAGAGCCUUGUGGACGUGAACGGCGAGCAGACCGAGUACCUGUCUGGCGACUUUCGGGUGGUUGGCGGCGGUGGAGGUGCUGGAGGCGGCAGCUUCGGCGGCAGCGGCAGCAACACGGCAGGGCACGGCGGCGAAUGGAGAACGGUGCAGGGAAGGCGCGGCAAGGCGCGACAGCAGGAGGAGCAGGAGGAUGAGGCGAACGAGGUACCGAUGAGCCCACAGCACGAGCAAGAGGACCGCGACCUGGCACUGGCACUGCAGCUGCAAGAAGAGGAGGACGAGCGGCAUCGCGAGGAGCAGGCACGCCGGCGAAGGGAGAGCAUACUGUCGGAGCAGUACAUUGAGCAGCAGGGCCAGCGGCCGGGGCCCGUCAGCCGGGGUCACCACCGGCGCACGCAGUCCGGUGCCGGAACGGGCAUUGCGCCGGAGCGCCGGAGCUCCAACAGCGUCAACGUGCCGGUACUGUCGGCAUCGCAGUCGCAGCCACGGCUGUCGGUCAACACAACGGCGGCUGCGGCGCAGCAGGUGCGGCCUCUGGUGCCCCCACGGCGGCAGGGCGUGUCACGGGCGGCAGACGCCGAGGGCGAGGACGCGCCACCGUCGUACGAGCAGGCGGCGCACGACAGAGCGUUUGUGCCGCCGGCAGGACACCCGAGCCACGCGGGGAGCAGCCCGGUGGCGUCAAGGCAGACGCCGAGGACGAGCGCAGGCGGUGGUCAGGGCCCCGCGCAGCAGCAGCGGCCGAUGGGCAUGGGGUCUUCGACAGCGGCUGCGGGGAGGAGGAUGCCGGCGGUGAGCUCGGGGCCGCCGCCGGCGAUGCACCAGGGCCGGGACCGGGAGUGCGUGAUGAUGUGAUGUGAUGUGGAUGACGGAUGAGCAGCGUGUGCCGUUGGUUUUCUGACAUGCUGUGGUUCAUGUGCGCGCAUCAUGGGGGCGUUUCAUAUCACGGGAAGCAAGGCAUGGCGUUUUUGGGAGAGCAGCACCUACGUAUUUGGUAUGUGGGUUACGUUGCACCAAGGUAGUUACCUAGUUGGUGGCAUUUUGUGGUGCAUGUAUCCGUACUUUGGCGAUGGGCUGGCUGUGCAGGGGACGAUUACAAAGACGGGCACGGGUUUACGACAUGAAUAUAUGUAUGGCUGGUAUAAUUAUUCUAUUCUGGGAUUGUAAGUAGUGCGUGGUGUGUCCUUGAGCAUCAAUCAUGGUCACGGUGAACCAGGCUUUGGUUGAUUGAGGCUAUUCCCAGCCGUCGACGAGCGCU